AUGCUCCACCUCCUGCUCUACCUGGCUGCCCUCAGUCAGCUCACAGGUAGUACAGUCCAUCAGAGUUCAGGUACUAAGACCUCGACUACCUGCACUGUCACCGGCCCAGCUGUCAUUGAUUUCAGCAGCCAAGUUGGCUUUGUCCGGGAUCGCUGUGGCUACACUCUGAUGUCAGCUCCAGGCCUCCAGCUGCUGGCCGUCUUCAGGGAACGCCAGCGUGAAGACGUUAGUUUCUUGGACCAUGUGAUCUUGCGUCUGGACGGGCCGGCUGUUGACAUUCAACUGGGACAAGGCGGGAAAGUACAAAUGAACAGCACAACGCUGAGCCUGAGCAGCUCUCCUCAGACGGUUCACGGUGUGGAGCUCUCUAAGGACGUGAACGGAGUCUCCGCCAGCGUGUCGCUCUACAACUACACCGCCUCCAUCUUCUUUGACGGCACCACCGCACAGAUCCACAUGAAAGGACAAGGACCGGCCCUGCAGGGUUUAUGUGUGAACUCCAGCAGCUCUCUGAGCGAAGUGAAGCUCUCUGAGCUGAGCUCCAGCAGCUGUGAGACGCAGUUCAGUGAACCUGCUGACGGCCGAAUCAACUGCCCCAUGAUGAGCGCUCGCUGUAACCUCCUGAAGGAGGCGCCGUUCACCUCCUGCCACAGCCUCGUCAACCCGGAGCCCUACGUCACCGCCUGCAACGACACGCUGUGCAGAUACCCGGCGAAGGACACCCUCAAAUGUCAGUUCCUGGAGGCGUACGCCGCAGCCUGCAGCCUCAUGGGAAACGUCAGUAUGGAGGACUGGAGGUCAAAGGCCAGCUGCUCCCCACCUCAGGGCUUCUGUCAGGACGUCAUCUGCAGAGAUCACGAGUUCUGUGGUGAAGACAUCAGCAGCCGACCCGCCUGCCUCUGUCGAGCUCAUUUUGCCUCCAAAUACAGAGUGAAAGGCUCUUUAGGUGACCCGACGGUCUGCGGGCAGGACUCUGCUUCAGUUACCCUGGCUGGUUGUCUCCUGAAUGAAAGAGGCAUCGACUACACUGAUCUACAUCUGAACGACAACACCUGUGGAGGUCAGAUGGAUGAAGAGACCCACAUGGUGACCUUCAGCUUCAAAGGCGACAAACCUUGUGGGACAGUGAUCUCGGCUUCAAACAAAACGAUUACCUACAAAAACACCAUCAAGACAAACAUCAGCUCCUCGUCUGCUCAGAUCUCUCGUCUAGACUUGGUCAACAUCGACUUCUCCUGCUUUUACCGCCAGCCGGAUGUCAAGAAGCUGUCCUUCAAAAUCAAAGGAGGCAAAGCCUUGCAGCAGAUUGAAUCUGGAUCUUGGAACUACAGUCUGACUAUGAGCAUGUGCUCCGACAUGGCCUGCGAGACGCCCUUCGACUACUCCGACGGGGUCCAGACGGAUCAGACCAUCUACAUGAACCUGAACACCGGCGGGCUGGACGGGAGCAUCAUCACCCUGGUGACGGAGAGCUGCUACGCCACCAACGCCGAGACGGGCGGCAAUCUGAAGUACGACCUCGUCAUGAGCGGCUGUGGGAACCCGGAGGACAGCUCGGUGAAGGUGGUGGAGGACGGAAAUGGGGGAACCACCUUAGCCUUCAAGAUGUUUCAGUUCAAAGACGACAGCAGCGGAAUCUUCCUCAGCUGCAAGAUGAAGCUGUGUCUGAAGAGAGACCCGACGUGUCAGCCGGAAUGCCAGAAGCGCAGACGGAGACGGAGAACUCUCAGGCCGCAAUAUGAAGACCCCAACCCAGCCAUCGUGUCCAUAUCCUGGUCCUAGAGCAGACACUCCGGAUGGCUGAGACCGGAGACCGGAUCCAGCUUGUUUCCGUCUCCGACCGACUGACGUCGACCUCCAGAAUGAUUCCAGACUUCUGCUUGGUCCCCAUGAAGACUCGGUCCAGUUGUCCUGAGGUGGUUCCACCGGGAGAUGUGAUCCCAUCAGCCCCGGCGUCACUGCACCGCUUCACUCUGCCUCCAGUCAAUACUGUGACUUUAAUUAACAUGGUGAAGGGCUGCUUUUCAAAUAUAACCACAACGUUAAACUGUUUCUGUCAAAGCUGUCUGGAUUUCAUUAAUCUGGAACAGGAGCUCCUCUUGUGUUUUGACUUUGACCAGUUUUGUUACUUUGCUGUUGUUUCA